AGGAGUAGGACUCCGAUGGGUCCUAGCCGUAGUCGCUCCCCGCGGAGGGAGCAUAGGCGAUCCCGGUCCACAUCCCGGGAUCGAGAAAGAAGGCGCAGAGAAAGGUCCAGGUCCCGGGAGAGGGAUCGCAGAAGGAGCCGCUCAAGAUCCCCACACCGAAGACGCUCCAGUUCUCCAAGGCGUCAUAGAUCCACAUCUCCUUCCCCUUCUCGACUGAAAGAAAGAAGAGAUGAAGAGAAGAAAGAAACUAAAGAAAUAAAGAGCAAAGAACAUCAGAUUACUGAGGAAGAUUUGGAGGGUAAAACAGAGGAAGAAAUAGAAAUGAUGAAAUUAAUGGGAUUUGCCUCUUUUGACUCCACAAAAGGGAAGAAGGUAGAUGGUUCUGUGAAUGCCUAUGCCAUAAACGUGUCUCAGAAGAGGAAAUACAGGCAGUACAUGAAUCGGAAAGGCGGAUUCAACAGACCUCUGGAUUUUAUUGCAUAAGACUUGAGGUGUUGGAGGAUUUCCUCCCGUUCAUCUGUGUCAGAGAGUAUUUUAUAUUUUGUAUUUCAUACACCUCAAAACAGGAUCUUGGUUCUUCCCUCUUGUAAAGUAAGAAAGUCUUAUUUAUGA